AUGAAGGGCAAUCGUUCGACUCCUCCGCCCCGUCUCUCAGUCGGUCCCCCGACUCCUAAGUCUACCGACGUUCAGUAUGUCUAUUCACCCACCAGUACGUCGAACUGCACGACGUCGUCGGUUGACAGUCGCUUUACCUCCCAGAUAAACCCGCUCUUCUACUCGGUCGUGAAUCACCUUCAAACGACCCUCUGUCCGCUCGUCUCCAGCACCACGGGCCUUCAACAUCCCGAGUUUCCCUGCAGUAUUCUUGCCUAUCAUCUGUUAACCUCACGUCAGCUGGAUGACCUGGCGCGUCACUACCAUCAAGUCUACCCCCCGGUGGCCGCUACAUCCUACUACCCCGUCACCAUCCCCCCUUGGGUGGGAACCUCCGACGAGAGUGGCGUAGAUCUCGACACGAAGCGACGGCGCUUCGGCCGAUUCAUUGGGCUCCGCGGCUGCGAGUCGCCUGUUCCCGGGGACAACUUCGACGAAGACGACGACUAUGAUGACGAUAUGAUGGAUACCUCACCGGACUACGUCAUCCCCUCUGGUGCGCCACCUCCCCCGCCGCCAGCCCAGCCAGCAGCACCGCCGGAAGAAACCGAGGCGGAGAUGCUGGCCCGGAUGGAUCGCGAGUGGCAGGAGUGUCUGUUGCAUGCGCGACAGGACUCGGACGCCGCGAUGCGGUUGAAGAUGAAUGGAUACUGA